AUGAAGCUGACAACCACACGCUAUCUUCACGGGGAGAUAUGUGCCUAUCACGUUUCGGAGAGCGGGUACGGGCCUGUACAGCCGGCGGCAACCUUUAGGGUCGAGUGCUCUAGCAAAAGACUAGGCCAUGCGGUGGCACCAAACCUAGACCGGGCUAUUUACACUACCUCUCACAGGGUAAUGUGCAUCAGACAGAACGGCGACUUGCUAUGGCACUAUGACAUAGAACCUCGCUCCAUCCAGCACUGCUCGGGGGUUCCCAAAUGCGUGUUCUCCCUGGAUGGAGCCUGGGUAUGGGUGUAUCGCCCCGACGCGAUGGCCAAGCGUGGCCCUGAUACAUUGGUCGUGCUACGCGCCGACACAGGUCAGGAGGUCGCUAGGACAGAGCUUGAUAGCAUUGGGGAGGGAGCCAAGCUCGCCCUACAUCCCGACGGGCGGCAUAUCCUGUUAGAUGUAGGCGAGGGUCAGGACGGUGUGAAACUAUACCGAGCAGCAUUUACUGGUAGUGACAUUGACUUACACUCUUAUGGCUGGGACGAUCGUUGUUUAGUCGAUGUCGCGCCCGAUGGCCAGUGGUUCAUGACGGUUGACCACGGCCAGUAUGACAUCGCCUUUCAUGCCUUUCUUAGUGGUGAGGUAGUACUGCAGGUACCAGUCGAAACAUUUGGCCACGAGUACUUUGGGGAGGAUGAAGCAGGUAUGGCCUGGAACGGCGGAUUCCUUAAUGCAAAUAUCGCGGUCGUCACGAUCGCGGGCGAGAAGGACGAUAAGGAGUGGCACCGCCACUAUAGCAUCGAUCUGCGGACAGGUGCCCCGCGCGGUCACUUCGAGGCGUACUCGCGUGAUAACUAUGACUUCGAACCCUUAGGGGACGGUACCUGGAUUGUCUCAGGUCCCGACGGCGGCGCCAUCCGUCGCCGGUUGUCCACGACAAACCAAGGCGUUUAG